GACGGCAAUUUCACACGGACACUCGCGUGCACACGCUCGAAUGCGCUCGCGGAUUUCGAGCCGGAUCCACGUGGAUUCUCGACUAUCAGCUGCUGCCAUUGUCAACGCGUCGUAAUCUUGUUCCAAGGAUUGAUUGACGUCAUAGUCGUCGUGAUCACGGAAAUACUAAGGGGAUUCCUGAUUUUCUAACGUUCCAAGAUCUACAGAAGAAUCCGCGCAAAAUACGAGAUGGAUCCCGAUACUUUCAAGGAUUUCGCCAAGGAAAUGGUGGAAUAUAUUACUAACUAUCUAGAGAAUAUCAGGGACAGGAGAGUACUGCCAACGGUAGAACCAGGUUAUUUAAAACCCCUUUUGCCUUCGGAAGCUCCACAAACGCCAGAAAAUUGGAAAGACAUUAUGGCGGACAUAGAAAGAGUGAUAAUGCCGGGAAUCACUCACUGGCACAGCCCAAAAUUUCACGCAUAUUUUCCAACAGCCCAAUCGUAUCCAGCAAUCGUUGCUGACAUGCUCAGCGGUGCCAUUGCUUGCAUCGGAUUCUCUUGGUUGGCAAGUCCCGCCUGCACCGAACUGGAAGUAAUAAUGUUGGACUGGCUAGGAAAAAUGUUAGACUUGCCGAAAGAGUUUCUAGCUUCCGGCGGUGGAAAAGGAGGGGCCGUCAUUCAGGGAACUGCGAGCGAGGCCACUUUAGUCGCGCUUCUCGGUGCAAAGGCAAAAAAAAUAAGGCAGGUCAAGGAACAACAUCCCGACUGGACGGAUAACGAGAUCGUUGGAAAAUUAAUCGCCUACAGUUCCUGUCAAGCUCAUAGUUCCGUGGAACGAGCCGGCCUUCUAGGAGGCGUAAAAUUCCGUCUGUUAGAGGUAGAUUCUAAAUACAAACUUCGUGGUGAGUCGCUAGCGGAAGCCAUCCGAAAGGACAAGGAGCAAGGGCUUAUACCGUUCUACGUCGUUGCAACCCUGGGAACAACUUGUUCGUGCGCGUUCGAUCGCCUCGAUGAGUUGGGUAUCGUCGCGAAUCGCGAGAAUAUUUGGCUGCACGUUGAUGCAGCUUAUGCUGGCUCCGCCUUCAUAUGCCCGGAAUUCCGAUAUCUGAUGAAAGGAAUCGAAUUGGCAGAUUCCUUCAAUUUCAACCCGCACAAGUGGAUGCUGGUGAAUUUCGAUUGCUCGGCCAUGUGGCUGAAAGAUCCGACUUAUAUGAUCAAUGCCUUUAACAUGGAUCCCCUGUACCUAAGGUCCGAUAUACAAGGAUCUCCACCUGAUUACAGGCACUGGCAAAUCCCAUUGGGAAGAAGAUUCAGAGCAUUGAAGCUUUGGUUCGUGUUGAGGAUUUAUGGCGUGGAGAAUCUUCAACGAUACAUCAGAAACCACGUCGAACAGGCUCAUGAAUUUGAGGCGUUGGUUCUAUCGGAUCCACGAUUUGAAAUCGUGGCGGAGGUCGUUUUAGGACUCGUCUGUUUCCGAUUGAAGGGAUCGAACGACUUAAACGAGACGUUAUUGAAGAAAAUCAACAACGCCGGAAAUAUUCAUUUGGUUCCGUCCAAGAUAAAAGAUAUGUACUUUCUACGGUUCGCAAUUUGUUCGCGGUUCAGCGAGAGCAAAGACAUCCAGAACUCUUGGAAAGAGAUAAAGCUUAGAACGGACGAGGUGUUCGAGGACCUGUCCGUCUCUAAGUGAUGGCGGGCUCAGAUAGCUCGUGGUUGCCGUUCCUUGGCGCCUGCAACUUGCAACCAAUCCUAGCUCCUUAGAACAUUUUAUCGAUCUUGAUUGAUCUGAAGAACGUGAGCGGACGAUCGAGACAAGUAAGCGCUCUAUUAUUUAUUUCGCAGAUUUGAAUUUUAUUUUGUCGUUCGACUUUUGCUAUACUAUUAUACAUAUAUUGCAAAAAAUUGUUUUCGUUCGUAAAAUAAAAAAUAUUUGUUGUUAUUUCAUUAUUUCGUUAAAAAAAAAUUUAGAAAAUAUUCCAAGAAAAUUUAUCGAGUUGUUAAUUAAAAAUUAUUUUACGCGUUAUAUCGUAUUUUGAUAUAAAGAUAACUCAGACGAAUCCCAUGUAAGAAAGUAACCAAAGAUCGUUCCUCGACUAUCGUUUCACGCUAGCAUAAUUUACUAUAAACGCAAUAUUACAUACAUUCGUGUCUCCUUGUGCCACUUUUCGAACGCAUAGUUAAUGUAUUCUGUGGACCUAUUAGUUCGCUUUCUUCUACUACCGACGGAGACACGCAGUGUGUAUCUUUAGCAAGAAUAUUGCGCAGUUGUUGGCACAUGUGCAUUUCGCGAGUAUAUAUUUAGAUUGUUAUAGAAUAAAAUAUAUUAAUUUAAUCUGUUUUAAUACACGAGAAUAUCUUUUUCCUUAUUAUUAUUAUUAUUAUUAUUAUUAGUUUCAAAUUAUUAUUACAAAAAUUAAUAGCAAAGUUUCAAAAUAAGAGAAUUUCGUCAUUUAGAUAAUAACAACUCUGUGAAAGUAUAGUAUUAGUAUAGUAUAGUAUAGUAUAAAGUAUUAUAUCAUCGUUGUAUCCACUCAAGAUACUAAUGUAACAUUGUAAUGUACUUAGAUAUUUCUUGACUCGUAGCGUAAGAAUACGAAUUGUUCCACGUUUGUUGAAUUCGAUCGUGUUUGCGAUCGAUGCGAAAAUUCGAUUCGAUAGAAAAGUUUAAGUAUAAUUUUAAAAUUGUAUUAUUGUUGUUAAUUUCUUUAUUCUUUUAUCUUUUAGAAAGAGAAAAAGUUGUUGCUCUAACUUACGUUUUAUAAUAGUAGAUAUUAACACUUCUAUAGAGAGAAGUUUUCCAAUACACUGUGGUAAAGAAAUUAAAGGAAAGUUGGAUAAAAGGUCACGUGUCCGUGAAAUAAAUAUGAAAUAAAUAUCAAUAUUUUAAUUUUAAUUUGUUCACAGAUGUACUUACAUGUCCCAGCAUGUAGGAGGAAAAUUAAUAUUGCGUAAAAUAAUUGUAGUAGAUUCACAUAUUAGAUACUUAAACAACUGGAUAAAUAAACGAAUAUUUAUAUUUAUAUCCGAAUUAAAUAUUUUAUAUUAUAUUAAAUUAUUUAAAUGUCAUGAUUCUAUGAUAUUGAUAUACGUGUUAUAUUUUUUGUAUUCUAAUCAAUUGUACAAUAGCUAUAAGUAUUACAUCUGCGUAAUAUCUUCGUCUUCUUGCCUUCGAGUGAUCCUCGUUUAUCGAUAUAUUCGUUUGUCAUCGAUCUUACUCGAGCUACGAUAUUGCGAUCCAAGCAUCAAUCAAUUUUCCUUACAAUUACAAUUGUACGCUUCUCUUAUUGAAACAAUAUCGAGUAUAAUUAUGGCAUUUUAUAACAUAAAGUAGUGCUGCAACUGGGACAAUAAAUAGAUCUAGAAAUUACUUUGCACUGUUUGGUCUAUCGAACGAGAAAAACGUUCUUAAAGGAAAUAAUUGUGAAAAAAAUCUCACAAACGUGUACUUUCAAACGCACUGGUUGAUCGAAUGCACACAAGUUUUUACUUUCUUAUUACACGUUUAUAUAACAUGGUUGAUGUAUAAGGGAUAUUAUCUAUUUUUUAAGGAAAGUUAUCUAUUUUUUAAUAACAAAUAAUAUCUAAAAAUAUAUAACAAAAGCAUAAUUUGCGUCAUGAUUAUAGUAAAAAAAAAAAGAAGGAAAAAAAGCAUUAAUUUAGCAUUUAAAAUCGAAUAUAAGCGAAUUAAUUGUCGUUAUUAGUAAUAACUUAUCACUCAACUGAAUCGUAAGAACGUUUUCUCGAUGCAAUAACGUGAAUUGCUUAAAUGGGACCAACGGAAAGUAAUAAAUCAAAAUGUAACUGUGUGUGUGUACGUACGUACCUGUUCGAUUUUGUAAAAAAUUCCUUUAAAAUAUUUAUUUUCCUUUUUGAAACGAACAAAUGUUUGUUACAUACGUGAACGUUGAAGAUACGUGUAGGAACAUUACUGUUGUGUACGUAAUAAAAUAUAUAUUGAAUGUAAUUAAACACCGUUUAACGUUUGA